CGCAGCUACGCAAAUUAGCCUUAGACGAGGAAAAGGAAUCGAGGAAGGAGUUGCGAAGUGGACCUGCGACGAAGACGUGAACAUCUGCCGCGCCGCCUACGUCGUCCUCCCACCUGCGUCGUCUGCUGGUCUGCCCUUCUUCCCUGGACUCCGGCAGUCCGCCGUCUGCCACUCUGCCCGUCUGCCUCUGCGGCUGUGCACAGUGCUCCUCCCUCCAAAGAGAAUCCAAAACGAAUUCUCCACUCAAGAGACUCCAAACAUUGCAGAAAACAAUCAAAAAUGGAAGAAGAAACCUCAAACUCAGAAUCCCCAGAAAUCACUCUGAGAUCAAUACAGCUUUCAGACUUGGACGAUUUCAUGGAAUGGGCAGGAGAUGAAAGAGUGACCACUUUCUGUUUGUGGGAUACUUACACCUCAAGAGACCAAGCCAUUGACUUCAUAAAGAACCAUGCAAUUCCACACCCAUGGUUAAGAGUGAUAUGCCUUGAGAAUAGAGCAGUUGGGGCAGUAUCUGUGACCCCCAGGUCAGGGCAUGACAGUUGCAGAGGUGAGCUUGGGUAUGUGCUGGCACACAAGUAUUGGGGCAAAGGGAUUGUAACAAGGGCAGUCAGGAUGGUUGCAUCUACCAUCUUCUCAGAGUGGGCCCACCUGGAGAGGCUUGAGGCUUUUGUAGAUGUGACAAACAAAGGCUCUCAGAGGGUGCUGGAGAAAUGUGGGUUUCUGAGGGAAGGGGUUUUGAGGAAGUACAUGAUCUUGAAGGGAAGAUCUAGAGACACAGUGGUUUACAGCCUCCUCUCCACUGAUUUAUGUUCUCUAGGCAAGUAGCUUCUCAAUCAAUCCUCGGAAAAGGGUCAAAUAAACUCUUAUACUUUUAUGAAAACAUCAUCCAAGCCCAUGUACUAAAUUAAACAUUUUUUAAUUUAGUAUCAACAAGCAGUCAAAGAGGUCCUAUGACCGGAAACCAACCUCCUACCCCAGAUUAGAAACAUUUUUUAUUUUUUAUUUUGCUUUAUUCUCUUGCUUCACAAUCCAGCCCUGCACACGUCGGUUUUUUAUCCUUUCAGUUUCUUCUUUUGUUUUUUUCUCUUUCUUCUUUUUCAAUACUUCAAUUCAAUAGUCUCCCAUUUCGUGAUUUUCUCUUUGAUUUGUUCUUUCAUUUCAUCAUUUCAAUUUCUAACAAUUUAUGUUUUUGUUAUUAAAAAUAACAAUUUGUGUUUUUAGUUUUUUCUUCCUCUACCCCCCUUAUUUUCUUUUCUACUUGUUGUCUUCCCCAAGAAAUGUUGCUGAAAUUUCUUUCUAAGGAUGUUUUUACUUGGAUUGUAAUUUGCUAAUCUUGUCUGGUUUGAUCUGGUAAUGUCCAGUCUCUUUGUAUUUUUAUAACUAUCCAAGUCAAUUUUGAUCUGGUCUGGAUCUAGUUUGAUCUGGUCUGGGAUAGAUUACAUACGAAUUAACACUAUUGUAACUUUAUACGCACUCAAAAAAUUAUACACUUCCGUACAAGAAAUGUUGGCCGUAAACUUCACAAAAAAAUGAUAGGUGUUCACAUAAAAAAAAGUUUUAGCCUGCGCAAAAAAUUUAUACAUUUUUCUAUAUAAAUUUUGCAAUUGACAAUUGUUAUUUAUUGCCUGACUUUAUAAAUGAAAAAAAUUAGUGCAGAAGAUUUUGAAAUUGUGUACGGAAGUGUAUUAUUAUUUACUAUAUAUAAGCUUACAAUUUUAAUUGUGUCAAAGUUAUAAUUCCAAUUUAAUGGCAAAGACUACAUUUAAUAUGAGCAAUAACAAAAAAAAAACUAAAAGUGUAAUUUCUUCACAAAUAAAAGAAUCUGUAAUAACAAUUCACAUAUUUUUUUUUUAUUAAGAACGAGCAUAUUUAUGAGUUACAGAUGAUUGUUUAUUGAAAUAAUUAGGAUCUUUUUUAUUUGGACUGUAAUCUAUACCAGACCAGAUCAGACAAGACUAGAUCAAAAUUGACUUGGAAGGUUAUAAAAAUACAAAAAGAUUGGACAUUAACAGAUCAGAUCAAACAAGAUCAGCAAAUUAUAGUCCAAGUAAAAACAUCCUUAGAAAGAAAUUUCAGCAACAUUUCUUGGGGAAGACAACAAGUAGAAAAGAAAAUAAGGGGGAUAGAGAAAGAAAAAACUAAAAACACAAUUGUUUUUUUUAAACAAAAACAUAAAUUGUUAGAAAUUGGAAUGAUGAAAUGAAAGAACAAAUCAAAGAGAUUAUGUGCAACGAAAAAAUCAGGAAAUGGGAGACUAUUGAAUUGAAGUAUUGAAAAAGAAGAAAGAGAAAAAAAAAACAAAAGAAGAAACUAAAAAGAUAAAAACCUGACGUGUGCAGGGCUGGAUUGUGAAGCAAGAGAAUAAAGCAAAAUAAAAAAUGUUUCUAACCUGGAGUAGGAGGUUGGUUUCCGGUCAUAGGACCUCUUUGACUGCUUUUUUAUAGUAAAUGCAGUAAUGCACCUAUGUGAUGUUUUAUUUAAUACAUAUGCUUAGAUGAUGUUUUCAUAGAAGUACAGGUGCUUAUUUGACCCUUUUCCAUUAAUCCUUUGUACAUUUAACUUAGUUAAUAAUGGAUUGAGCUAGGCUUAGGUGAAAAAAUCAUACUCCGUAUUCAUAUACUUUUUGAGUCUGAGAGAUAAUAAAAGAAUAUACAUAGUACUACCAGAGCCGUGCGGUGCUUGAGGCGGAUGAGGCACUUGCCUCAGGGUCCAAAAAAUUGUUAAAAUUUUAGGGCCCACAAUUUUAGAUAUUUCUUUAGUAUAUAUAUGUAUUAAAUAUACAUAUUGGGCUUCCUUUUUGCAUGUUAGUUAGAGCACCAGUUAGAAAGAACUUGGAGAUAUCAGAUCACACUCACACACUAUGUACUAAUAUGUGAGAAGGGAAUCAUAUUCUAUCCAGGAACUCUGCUUUUGAAUUACAGGAGGAUGCCUUUAUAUAUAAUAGGCAUUGAAACAUCAUUUAAUUGGAACAAUAAAGAUAGAACUUUCUGGGAAGUCUUUUCAUGUAUCUAGCAACUCUUUAGUUUCCCACAUUUAUUUGAAUUAAAACUAUUUCCCAACAUUGCCUAACCUUUGUCCGCUGACUCCACGGUUGUACUUCAAAAAAGAAAACCCAAAAGUCUCCCAAUUACUUUUGUUCGACCAGUUUAGAAGCGAAAUAGCCAUCAACG